CCAGUCAGCCGGUGUCGAAUCGCUCGUAGACAUGAAUGAACAAGCGCGCAUACCGGGAGAUCGGGUGUCGGUUCAUUUUUCGCCGCGCGUUAUCGGCGCGAUAUCGCCCGCAGUUUGUGAGAACCGAAAUCGUUAUAGCGACUAUAUAGAGAGGCUCACCAUGUCGCAUCAUAUCGUUACCGUAUGCGUGGUGUGCGUCCUGUGCGCCGCACACGUACCCUGCUCGGCGCAUACGAAUUUGUCGGCGGUGACAUCGGACAAUUCGACAAGCGCGAAAAAUCACACGGGUCCAGACACGCAGGGACAACCGUUUUGGUCGCCGAUAAUAAGAUCCAAGGAUACAGAUCCAUAUCCGAAGAACCAACAGAGAUACAGCCCGCAUGACUUUACUAGCAAUAAGCACGACGCUGCAAGAUCUCGUAUGCGACACAUUGAUAGUAAUAACAAUAAUAUCUCGGCAACUGCUGAUGCGACAUCGACUGAUAUUUAUCAUAAGAAGGAGAUGACGGAAAGCUUCAAGGGCGGCGGGAGCCCGCAGGAUAUGCAGCCGUCAAUUAGAGACGCGGAUGUGUCCGUAAAUUCGAGGGAUGCGGAGCUUUUGGAGCGUCUUGCUCAAACGGAAUUGGCGGCAGAUGUCAAGCGGAAGUCUGCACAAUCUAGCAAAGAUUCACGUACUGUUAGUAAAUCUAGAUUAAAAAGAGAUGUGAACGAGAGAUACUUCAUGCAGAAGCUAUUUUCGGCCUACGGUGAUGGAACGAGUAUAACUAUGGAGGGUUUCGAGAAACUUGUUCGAAAAUUGGGUCUACUAAGAUUAUUGACUGAUGUAUCAAAUGUGGAAGGCACUGAUAGAAAUAGUAGGAAUUUUCCAAGUGAAGGCCCACAUGAUACAGAUAGUAAGAGUAACAAGGAAAGGUGCUUAAACAGCCUAGAGUUACUGAGCACUGUCGCCCAAGAUACGCAUUACGCUACCAGCGGUAACGCGACGACAUUGCCCAGUUGGCUUUUCGAACGUGUGUGUCCAGUUCUUGUGUACCAAUUGGUGGCCGAGUCCAGUUCGGAGAGAAACGGCUGUAUACGAGUGCCCGAGAAUUACAAGCCCGUCGUGCCAGUCGAUAAAUUUUAUACCUCGGAGGAUUCGGCACGCAAUAUUGUGAAAGUCUGGGUAUAUUCAACAAUUAGUAUUUUCGUAAUUAGUCUUAGCGGUUUGCUCGGCGUAGCAGUAAUUCCGAUCAUGGGAAAGAAUUAUUACCAUCACGUGCUACAGUUUCUAGUUGCGCUGGCCGUAGGUACUUUAACCGGUGAUGCCUUUAUCCAUCUAUUACCACACGCGAUGAUGCCGCCUCAUCAUCAUGAACACGACGAACAUCAGGGACAUGAUCAUCACGACGACAGUAGCGCGUUAUCAAUUGAUCAUGUGAAUUUACAUAGCAUGAACAUGUGGAAAGGAUUAGUCGCUAUGAUGGGCUUCGUGUCGUUCUUCUUCACUGAGAAGGCGUUAAAUGUGAUAUCCGAAUGGCGGAAGCACUGGCAGCAUAGGAAGAAGUUGCCUACGCGCGUGAGAGUGAUGAGGGAGAGCGAUGGGCCAAACAGCAAUGUUGUCGGUGAAAAGCUGUGUAAACAUAAAUACUCUUCGUACCCGUAUUGUUACGGCGAGAUCGCCAGCGAAACUCAAGAUAAUCAUCACAGUCGUCGACUGAACCAUCACGAGAGACCACCUAUCAUCGAUGAGGAGAAACCAUUGACAUCCAAUUGUAAUUCCGUCACGAAAAUCGUAACCAACGACAUGGAGAAAAAACCGAAGGAUGAUUGGAGAAUGGACGACUCGAUCGUAAACGCUAAGAAAAGUACCGAUGGCGCCGACGUAUCGUUAAACGAAUCUGAGAGCUAUACCGUCAUCCUGCGCGAACACGAGACCAAACAUCACGGCCAUAGUCAUUCCCAUGGUCACGUACACUCGGCCCCCGAAUCAAUGUCCAACGUAGCUUGGAUGGUUGUAAUGGGGGAUGGUCUGCACAAUUUUACGGACGGUAUGGCUAUCGGGGCAGCUUUUUCGGCAAAUAUCGCAGGUGGAUUCUCCACGGCUAUCGCUGUCCUCUGUCACGAGUUACCUCACGAACUCGGUGACUUUGCGGUGCUGUUAAAAGCGGGCAUGAGUACCAAGCAGGCUGUUUUUUACAAUUUAUUAUCUUCAGUCCUCUGUGUGUUGGGUAUGAUAGGCGGAAUAUUGUUAGGAAGUGCUCCCGACGCUACUAGCUGGAUAUUCGCAGUUGCCGCUGGAAUAUUUAUAUAUAUAGCAUUAGUAGACAUGGUACCAGAAUUGACAUCGAGUCAUUCCGCAGAAAGUGGUUCACGAUUACAGUGCAUUUGGCAAACUUUAGGUUUAUCAACAGGCCUCGGGAUUAUGUUACUUAUCGCCGCCUACGAGCACGAUCUUAAACAUAUUUUCGAUAACUAGAUUUAUAAAAAAAACUACUCUUGUAUUGAUGUUACAAACGAAACCGCUUCCUAUUACGUUCAAAUUGUCGUAUCUCUUUUUUUUUUUAAUUUAAUCUCAAUCCUUAGCAGUUCUUUUAGCACUUAACAUUGCAGUGAAAGCAAGUUGCGCGCGCUCUCUCUCUUUCUCCCCCCCUUUCUCUGAAGCAAUUAUUUUGUACAUUUGGAAAAAGGAAGAACGUAAUGGGAAUGCAAGUUAGAUCGCAAUUUAGAUAAAGCGACAAUAUCCAAAGGAUAGGAUUGCCGGUAAAAGUACUUUAGAGGAACGAAAGCGUUGAAUUCCGAAGGAAUAGGAUUUCUAUUAGACAGAGUACCAAUAAUCGAAUUGUCGAGCAAUCGAAUUGCAAACUGUGUUAAUUAUUUUCGAACCAAUACUAAAGAUAUUUCCAUGCCUUUUCUAAUAACAAUAGCGAAUUCGGGCGCUUGCACUGGUGCACACUGAGUGCGCACUAAGGCUUGUUUAUAAUCUAUUUUAUAUUUCAAGUCGCUUAAAUACACAUUUAAAAACUUGUUAGCCAAUAAAGUAAUCUGUAAUAUCUAUAUGGAUGCUGUACAAAUCAUUUUAUAGACUAAGAAGUAUUUAAGAUGACCUGUAAAUAUAACAAUUGAUCAAGAACAAGCCUUAGUGCGCAUUCAGUGUGCACUAGUGCAAGCGCCCGAAUUCGCUAUAAGAUCAGUUUAGAAAUACUCGUAUCGAAUGAGCAAAUUAAUUUUUUCGUCAUAGUUAAUGAAUGAGGAUUGAAUUGUCUAGUAGCUAUGUAAAUAAUCGUUAAGAGACUGAACGAUCUUGAAACAAAUAGCAAAUUUUCUUCUUUCACGAAGUUAAUAAUCGCAUGUCAACGAUAUUACCAUUAAUUCACAUUCAUUACUGUUAAAUGUACGAUAUUAACAGAGUGUCGUGUACAGUAUUGUUUUAUGAAAGAAAGAUUAAUUUUGUACUAAGCUCUACACACUACACAGAUUGAUAUGAUAAAUAUGACCAUGGUGGUUAAUCCGAUGUUUCCGAUUAUCAACUGGCUGGAAAUGGUACAAGAGUAUAUCUAAGUAUUGUUAGUUUGCAGCAAAUUUGUGAUAAUUUUGCAUAACAGUUACUUACGAAUCAAUGUAUAUUUUAUUAUAGAUAUACAAUUAUAUUAUCACGAGAUUCUUAAUAUUGUCGUAAUGUUCUCACAAUUUAAAUAGAUCUAUCACGGUAAGAAUGUGAGUUAUUUUUUUUUUAAGUUUUGUUAUAUUUUUUUAAUAAGAAAAAGGUGUGCUCAAAAAAGAUUUGUCUAAUGAACCAACACGGCUUAGAAGUAUCAUACAUACAUGACAAUAUUUGAAACUUGUAUUUAUGUUUAUAAUACACGAGUGUUUAUUUUCGCCAAAUAUUAAUAAUAACGAUAAUAUUAAUAAUUAAUUAUAAUGAUAACGAUAAUGAUAGUAAUAAUUUUAGGAUUUUAUAUACACUGUAUUGAAAUACUAAGAACUUUAAUUUUUCUCACGUCGCCACUUUUUAUUUCAUGAUGAUCGUUAUGAUGAUGUGUGCAUAUUGGAAUGCAUUUAAAUGUAGCGAAAAAUUGUAGCUAUGUAAGAAAUUGUAUGUUGCUAAGAUACAUUGACUUUUCAAAAAUUAUUGCUAUUCUGUCGAAAAUUUAAUUCCAUUCAUACGUCAAUGUGUAUAAGUUCCUCUUUUACGAAUGUUUGUAAUUAAUAUUAAUAUCAUAGGUAUAUUUUUUUUACUACACACAGUACACACUGAAAUUUUCCUUUUCGCUUUCACUAAAUUUCAGAUACACUUAUUUCAUUUUAAGACAAUAAUUUAGUUAUAAAAAACAGACUUUAUAUAACCAAUAACGCAUGCGUGCAAUUUUGGUUAUUUUUAUAGAAAAUGUAAAAAUGUAAAGAGCGUUAUGUUUUUGUAAAAUCAAUUUUUGUUCAUGCACAACUGAUAUUUGAAUCACGCUAUUUAAGAUGUGGAUGAAAUAAGUUGCAUUUUUUUAUUUAAAAAAUCUGGAUGAUAUUGAUUUUUUAAAUUGGUAUUCAGAUAUGAUAAUUUUACUGGGUACCUAAAUAAUAUCCGAGAUAAUAUCUCAAAUAUUAGGAUAUUCAAAUAUUCAUAGCACUAGAAAGGGCGUUUCGCGUGAUAAAAAUGAUUAAAACAACCCACCAAUAGAAAAUCUAAAAUUCGUAGCUUUUUAAUUUAAAUAAAUAUUCAUAAUAAAAUUAUAGAAACAG